AUGGAAAGCAAUGUCACAAUUCGGCCCAGAGGUACACCAAGAGUAUUAUCUUUCUCGCCUUUGAGAGAUCAAGAAAUAGAUGACACGGAGCAAAUGAUUGGUGCAUUGAAUGACAUGGAUAAUUUGGAACAACAUCACUCUAGCAUGAUGGAGUAUGAAUACAACGAUGCAAACGACGAUGAUCUACUUGGAGAGGAACUUAGGGAGGCUGAAGAGAGUACUAUCCAAGUAUCAACUGUGGUGGCGAAGAGCACCAGUCAGGGGCACAAGUCUUCACGUCAAACCCGGAGUGGUGGGACAUAG